UUCCUUGAGAUCGGUUUGUGCAUUCACAUAUGAUUUCUACUUUCUAACCCUAACGAAGAGUUUGAUGAUGAAUUGAAUUUAACCUACCAGUAAAAAAUCCAAGAAAAAAAUUUGAAUUUCGGAAUAUCUUUCGAGCUUGACCGGGUCAAACGUCCUUCUCUGUUUACUUUAAGCAUCGGAUGCCGAUCCAGGCCGAAAGCUCGAAUAUCCAGAUCUUGCGCGUGGGCGUGGGUCCAUUUCAAGGAAGAGAGCUUUUGAGGGAUUCCUUGAGGUCGGUUUGUGCAUUCACACAUGAUUUCUACUCCUAACCCUAAAGAAGACGCAGCUCCAAGUCCGAGCAGGCAAAAACCAGAGCAAGACAGAGAGAACUUUUGCGAGGAAAGCCCCACAAAAACAUGGCAGCAACCGGUGGUUCCAGCGCGUUGGCGACCCGGUACGACGUGUUCUUGAGUUUCAGAGGGCCCGACACUCGCGACACCUUCACCGACUGCCUCUACCGAACCAUGAUCGGCCAGGGGAUCGCUGCUUACAGAGACAGCGAAGAGCUUCACGCCGGUGAUCGGAUCGACGAUCUCCUGAGAGCGGUCGGCGAAUCCAAGAUCUGCAUACCGAUCCUCUCCAGAGGCUAUGCUUCGAGCGCUUGGUGCCUCCGCGAGCUCGCUCGAGUGACGGAGCUCCAUGAAUCGACUGGGAAGCCGGAGAUCCUACCCAUCUUCUUUGAUGUCAUCCCCACCGACGUCAAGCUCAGGACGAAACUGUACCUCAAGGACUUAAAGAAGCAUGAGCAGAGGCACGGUGCCGAGAUCAGGCAACGGUGGGAGGCGGCUCUGGGAAAAGUGGCUGAGAUCAAGGGAUGGGAAGUCCAAGGGAAAGCAGAAAGGACAAAAUUAAAGCACUCAAUUUAGGUCAAUAUAAUUCGGAUCCCAUCAGCAUAAUGGAUGAAGAACUUGAGAGGAUGCCAAAUCUAAAAUUUCUCAAGUUAUAUAGAGGGACUUUUGUUGGAGACAUCAACAAUAAUCUCCAAGAGCUAAGAUGGCUUUCUUGGCGUUGUCCUCCUUUAGAUCCUGGAAUGGCCAAUUUACACUUGAAAAAUCUAGCACUUUUCGAACUUUCAAACAAUGAAAACACUGACAACUGGGGUGGAUGGAACAUUUUGAAGAUGGAAAACAAAUUGAAAGUUCUUUCUCUCUUCAAUUGUGAUGGAUUGAAAACAGACUCUAGACUUUUCUAGAUGUGUGAGUUUGGAGAUACUCUCUUUCUCACCGUCAAUCCUUGCAAGAAGUUGACU